CAAUCGACAUAGCUUGGGCUUUUCAGGCUAAAUUCGCCAGUCCAAUAGACUUAGCUUUCUAUGGCUAUAUCGACAGUGUCGUGGAUAUUGUGACGAUGAAUAAGUAGUCCUCAUACUUGUGCUUGUACCCAACCCGCUGUGCACCAGACACCAGGCUGAAAUCGAUCUCACUCAACCAAGCAUAAUGUCGUCCGGUAUUCUAAAGGUUAAAGAGACACAGGUGGUCGAUAGUAAUGGCACACCGGUCAUACUACGGGGCGCCGCAAUAGGAGGAUGGCUCAAUAUGGAGAACUUCAUCACAGGCUACCCGGGCCACGAGUCCAGCAUCCGUGCUGCUAUGCUUAAGGUCAUGGGCCAGAAGAACUACGACUAUUUCUUUGAUCGAUGGCUAUACUACUUCUUCACCGAGGCCGACGCGAAGUUCUUCAAGUCACUGGGUCUGAACUGCAUCCGAAUUCCUUUCAACUAUCGACAUUUCGAAGACGACAUGAACCCCCGGGUGCUCAAGGAAAGCGGGUUCAAGCACCUAGACCGCGUGAUAAACCUCUGCGCCAAAGAGGGAAUCUACACCAUCCUCGACAUGCACACUGUCCCCGGCGGCCAAAGUCCCGGCUGGCACGCCGACAACACGACCGCCUACGCCGCCUUCUGGGACUACAAAGACCACCAAGACCGGACGGUGUGGCUCUGGGAGAAAUUCGCUCAGCGGUAUAAAGGCAAUCCCUGGAUCGCCGGAUACAACCCCAUCAACGAACCAUGCGACCCUCAACACGUCCGACUGCCCGCGUUCUACAACCGUCUAGAGAAAGCAAUUCGCGCAGUCGACCCAGACCACAUCCUCUGGCUAGAUGGCAAUACCUUCGCCGCCGAAUGGAAAGGUUUCGACACCGUGCUUCCCAACACCGUCUACUCCCUGCACGACUAUAGCAUGAUGGGUUUCCCGACGGGUCGCCCGUACAAGGGCACAGCCGAGCAGAAAGAGAAACUUGAAGCGCAAUUCCUCCGGAAAUCCGAAUUCCAACGGGCGAACAAAACCGCCAUCUGGAACGGCGAGUUCGGCCCCGUGUAUGCGAAUCCAAAGUGGGACGAGAACGCCGAAGCCAUUAACCAGGACCGGUACGAGUUGCUGGGCGAGCAGUUGCGCAUCUACGACCGCUUUCAGAUCCCUUGGUCGAUCUGGCUGUUCAAGGACGUCGGCCUACAGGGCAUGGUGUACACCUCGCCCGACUCGGCGUGGAAUAAGCUCGUCGAGCCCAUCCUCGAGAAGAAGAAACGUCUCCAACUCGACGCCUGGGGCAAGUACCCUUCCAAGGAGGUCGAGGAUGUCAUGAACCCUCUGAUCAAGUGGGUCGACGAGGUCUCUCCGACGGCCAAGAACGUGUACCCUUCGACGUGGAACACGGCGCGACACAUCGAACGCGCGGUUCUGCAGACCUUCCUCGCCGAAACCUUCUGUGAGGAAUUCGCAGAGUUGUUCCGGGGCAAAAAUGAAGCCGAGCUGGAGGAGUUGGCCAAGAGUUUCAGCUUUGAAAAUUGUGUCCAACGACAGGGAUUGAACAAGAUCAUGUCCGAUUAUGCUUCGAUAGCCUCAAAGUCGUAGUAGAGUGAGGUACUGUGUGUAUCAUAUUGGCGCAAUACGGAGGACAUACUCUGUAAUCAUCAUCGGACCAUCCAUCUCGUGGAGUGACCCAUGGUCAAAACAAUACAAGACGAUCACUGUGCCCCAUUCCGAACACCGUCCCGAAUAUACGGAUCUGGAUCAUCAAUAGGAGGUACACGGCAGGCAUGCCAAAGAACCACAGUCAACCCUUACUCGUACUAGCCCUUUCGACUUUGUUUCUUUUCAAUACUCGGUAUGGUACCAUGCAUAUC